UAUAGACACUGAUAAUGGGGAAGGUAAUUCUGUACAGCAUACAAUUAAAGAAAUUCUAAAUUAUAACCCACCUAAAUCCCUUAUAUCUGGGAUUUAUCCCUAUGAAAACGUCGAAUUUACAUCACAAGGUCCAAACACCCAAUAUUGGUGUGGUGACAAAUUAUGCUUACCAGAGACAACUGUGCAAAAUAAAACACUGUCAGAAGUUGAAACAGUUAAUAGAACCGAAGCUCUUUAUGAAAAAUCUAAGAAGAGCAAAAAUAGUUCAUCAGAUCAUCGAUCUAAUGAAAAUCAGAAAAGGUUACCUGUGUUGAAAACACCUACACCUAGAUAUAAAGAAGAAUUUAAUAACUUUUCCAGGGC